GACGUAACUGGCUGUCGAAACGACCAGCCGACGAGCGAUCGAGCGAUCGGACGCACGAGGGCGAGCGAGCAAUUCGAGCGAGCGCUGAAUGAAAGCCCCAGGUUCCAUGCCGGCGCGCUUCUAAACCGACGGCUUCGCUGGUUUUCUUCUAAGAGGCCGUACGGUCAGGCAGGAUCACAUGCCGCCCAUCGAUCCCAGGCCGCGGGCGGAGCCGGGCGAGGCCGCAGGAUCGGCUGGAACAACGAUGCAACAACCAGCCGGCUCGGCUGCGUUAGCCGUCUCGGACGCGUCGACGGAUCAAACGCGCCUCGCGGAUGGCCGCCCCGAACACAUGCCGUCAGCCGGCUUCUCGCCGCCCGCCGUCGCCGCGACGCCCCCACUUCAGCUCCCGCCCCUCGCUCUCGCCUUCCCCAGCGAUCCCACCACCGAGCUCGCGCCGAUCCAGCAGCCGCAUGAGAAGCCCACCGGGCCCUCCGGCCAGACCUUGCCGCCGUUGUCCUCCGUCACUGGCGCACAAGCCCAUGCACCGCUCCCGAAGCCGCCAGAGCCUGCGCAUCCCGCUCCGUAUACCAAAACGACCAACUACUGGCCCAGUCUCAACCCUUUCACAGCAUACUACACACCCAGCUAUCUAGAUCCUGUCGAGUCGUCGCCGGGCACAGUCGUGGAGCAGAACGCCGCCCGGAGGGGUCCCAGCGUCAGCUUAGAUGACCCCGACGUGAGAAUGGCUGCUGAAGCGCUGGGGCAGAUGAGAGCGGACUUUGGCUCCUCCCCACGCCAUCGCAGCACGUCGCUCGCUUCAACACACAGCGAUUGCAAGCCCUCCCGCGACCUCUCCUCCGUCAGUCCCUCGCCCCAAACCAACGGCCGCAGCCCGCCGGAGCCAGAGCCCCUCUUGACGCUGAUCACGACUUCGCACCCCCUCUUGGCCACUACCAUCGAAGGAGCGGCUUCCGCCUACAACAGCGGCAAAAACUACUCGCCUCGUCUCAGAACGAGCGCCGAAUACGUUGAGAGCUACCUCAAGCCGGUCGGAAAAGCCGUUGGCAAUGUGGGCCGGAAAACAGGUGUGGAGGGUGGCGUGCGCUGGAUAUUCGGCAGGCGCAGCAGGAAACAACAAGCGUCCGCGGAUAUCGAGACGGGCGAGCGCGGAAGCAACAAGCGACUCAAAUCUGAGCGGGAUGUUGAGAAGAAGAACCCCUCGGAUGCGCCGUACGCGGACUUGGAUGCCGAUGCAGACGACCGGCGCACGUCGAUCAGUACCGUAGAGACGCUCCCCGCCUAUGACGACCAACGAUCGCCGGCAUAUACCGAGGUGGCCGAGGAUUCGACCGGCUCGAGACCGGAACUCGGGUCCUCCCCGCAGCCGUGGGGCCAGCGGUUCGUCGUGACCACAUCUGGACUUGGCGUGGCCAUGAAGCAAGAAAGUCUGCGGAGUCUUCGAUACUGCCUGCAGGUGCUGAGGGACACACAUGGGUACAUCGAUGGUGUCCUUGUCAAGCUCAAGAGCGUCAUCGACGAGUUCGACGCUGCAGCCCGCACCGACGGCGAGGAUCGUGCCAUGGUCGGAGGGCCCGACGCGAACCCACAAACAGCAGCCCAACGGAAGACGCUCAUCCAGCGCAUGAGCGAGCUCCGCGACGAUCUUUUCCGCGUCAUCUACCGCACGGUGCAGACCAUCUCAAAGUACGCCGGCGGCGCCCUCCCGGAGAACGCAAAGAACAUCGUCCAACGCCAGCUGAUGAGUCUGCCGGGGCUCUACCAGUUCCAUUACGUCCGCGAAUCGGAGGGACGACCCGAGGACCCCAGCCCGGAGAUGCGAGCGCGGAAUAGCUCGCACUUGGCGCUGCUCUUCGCACGAGAGUCACUGCAGUUGAUGAGCCAAGUCGCCGACGUCCUCAACCGGACUCUCGUGAGCGCCGAGGAGUGGUGCGAGACGCUUUACGGGAACAGGGAACAGACUGGCCCGCCAGCAACGCUUACCGAGCCGCCUCCAGCGCCGGCUCGGCCAACAGUGUCGGCCGACCAGAAUUCACGCAUGUCGGGUUGAGCACGGACUGCCCGGGGAACUGUGGCGUCGUGGUGAUGGUGGAGGGAGUAUGGCGAAAGACAGGACAUCUCAGAGGGUUAGAAGGUUGGAAGCGUGGCGCAAGGCGUGUGUUCGUCAUAACCAAAAGGGUUUCGGGAGAGCAAACCAAAGCAACAAUGGCUUCCUCGCCAACAGGGUCGUUAGCAGUGUCGGAUGCUCUGUCUCCGUGCGUCAUGGUUGGAGACCGUGUUCCCUUUUUGGAGCUGUCGUUGUUGAGUCACAUGGGCGGCUCCGGAGCCUCUGCAGUCUCGGGCUCAUCUCUUUCGUUCCCUAUCUCCUUUCCUUGCUCUUUUCUUUGGAAUACCUGGAUACCUUGUUUAAAUACACCUGUCCUGCAACGAUGCUACUUCAGCAGUCCUUACAUAGCAUGGAAGCAAAGGAAGUAAAGUCGGUCCGGCUCGACUCUGUUGCGUCUGGGCUUCUGCGUUCCCCAACAAUUGCGCUACAUCACUCAGAGUCAGGAGCGACUGGGACCUGCCAGU